CUCUCCUAGACGCGACGGUCAGGAACUAUCCGCCCCACAUCUUAUCUGAGACCGGAAGGAGGUGCCUGGAAAACACUGGAAAAAACAAAACCGACAUUCUUCGUUUGGAGGCUCAAAAACAUCUGGAAGGACAUCUGGAAGGACUCCAUCCACCCUUCAUGGGCCAGAGCCCUCUGCCACUUCAGAACCCGGACAGCGAUGACGUUUGCUGAGGACAAGACUUAUCAGUAUAUCCGCAACCAUCACGGCAAUUUUUGCAAUAUUCAUGUUCUGGAGAUUCUGCCUUACCUGUCCUGCCUCACAACAAGUGACCAGGACCGACUGCGGGCCUCCUAUGAGCGCUGGGGGAACCAGGGCACUCUCUGGGACCUCUUCAACAGCCUUCGGCGGAGGAACGGCUGGGUGCCUUCCUUCAUUGGGGCACUGAGGGCCUGUGAACUGUCUAGUCUCGCUGAUGAAGUGGACCGAGUCUACCAGAGCAACCUGCUACGGAAUCCGAACCACCCCCCAUCCCCACUGGAGCGGCCAUCAGUUCCUGCUGGGGUUCCAGGGCCCUCCACACCUGCUGUGGCCCCCAGCAUCCCCAGCAAUGGCUACAGAGAGGACGAGCCAAGUUACCCUAUGCCUGUCCAGGACACCCAGCCACCAGAGUCCCUGGGAGAGAGUUCGAAGAAAGCCCCACAGCCACCCAGCUCUGGGGCUGUCCUCAAGAAGCUGGGUGGCCCCCUGCAGCCCUCAUCUGACACGGUGGCCCUCAGCCCUCUGACCUGCAGUGGACAUCAGGAGCAAGACACAGAACUGGGCACUACGCACACAGCAGGUGUGGUCUCCAGUUUCACAUCGUCCUACAGGCCUGUGUCUCCGACUGUCUCCUUCCAGCCCAUGGUUCGUUCUACCCCCAGGGAAAGCCGCUUGCCUGGACCCCCAGUGUCAGCUCCAUCUAUUGGCACCUCCUCCUCCUCCACUGGCUUGGCCUCUGCAGGAGGUGCUGGUGACCAGGCUGAAGGUACCAUCGGCUCCAGCGGGGCAGGGGUGCCCCCCAACUCAGCAUUUGGCAGCACAGUGCCUUCCAAGUUGUCCACCAGCUUGAAGCCCCCUGGUGCAAUGCCCACUAAUGUGCUCACCAGUCUAGCACCAUCCAAAUUGCCCAUCAACUCAGUGCGUUCUGGCAUGGUGCCACCUACUGGCUUGGUGCCUGACGACAGGAAACAUAUGUGCACGGUGCCCAGAAAGCUGCUUGACAACACAGGGCCCACCAUCAGGAACAGCAACAGACUCAUGGAGGAGACUCCAGCAUCUCCAGCAGCCACAGGUACUGCCACUGGAGGCACCUCACCCUGGCCAGAUAGCAGCUCUGACUGCUGGGGCUCAGAGCUGGAGCUGAGCAAGCCUGGCAGGCUGGUAUCCAGAAUGGACAGCCAACCGUUCUCGGGCUGCUCCGCAGACCUUGCCAUCAGCCUCAGUAACUCCCUGGGCGCGGGGCCUGACAACGCUCCGGAGGAAAAUGAGUACAAGUCGGAGGACACCAUUAGGAUCCACGGGGGCCCCAGUACCCCCAACCUGGGGGACAGCCCUGGGACACACACCGCCCCAGGAUUCCGGGAGGAGGAAGAGUUGGAGGAGUUGCUGGUGGUCAGGACCUCGUCCUGGCCUCCGUGGCUCAGUGUGGCUGUGGCUGGGGUGCUCCUAGCUGUGCUCCUGGCCACACGGUACCGGCGGCGCCUACUCCAGUGAAACUCCUGGGCCCUCCUUAUCACGCAUCUGCUCCCUUUCCCAUGGUACAUCUGCCUGAGCCACUGAGUUGAGCUGUCCCACCAUCCUUGACGCUAUCUCGGGGCUGGGAGAGGCUGGGUCAAAGGCGAGGCAGCAUUUCCAUCCCAGCUCGUGCCCUUGGCAGCUCCCCCACCAUCCUUGGCUUUCUGGGCCCUGGGCUGCCCUGAGUGCUCCAGCCCUUGCCCACCUGGCCAUCUGGUUGUUGCCCUUAUCCUCUGGAGGAGGUGCCCCCGUCUAGGCCUUAUCCCUCUUUACCCAAGUGCAAGGAUCAGGAGGUGCUGCUGGAGACCGCAGGGGGUCGGAAACAUCCCCCAUCCUGCUCUGGUCCCUGGCAGCCAAUGGGGGGGUAGGGGACCCCAUAGAACAUCAUUCCAGCCCCCAGUGGCCCAGCCUCAGGCUAUUGCCCCAGCAGCAGCGGAGUGGCCCACCUUCAAGGACUUAGUCUCCUGCCUCUCUGGUUCCCCUCCCCUGCCACACAAGGUUGGGGAGGAGGUCUGGAGAUUCCCAUGGACCCCUGGGAAGCCUGAUCAGGUGCUAGGCCUGAGGACCACCUAAGUGCCCCUCUCCAGCCUUCUCAUCCUGGUCUCUGUUCUCUUCAGCUCUGUAUGGGGGUUGGAGAGGGAGCACGUGCAGGGCAGAGCUCAGGCCAAGGUUUGGAUUUCAGCUCCACCCCUUCUUGGGCUGUGUGGCCUUGGCAGAUAAUCAGCCUUCUCUGGUCUUGCUUACUCAUGUGGACCCGUGAGGAUCAUGGCUCAUCCUUCACUGUGUUCUGAGAUUGAAGCAUACAUGUCUUUGUCAAGUGCCUGGUCCAGAGCAGGUGGCCACUAAAUGCUUCUCUCACCUCUCCCUGCCCAGCCUGGUAGAGAGAUGAGGGCAUGAGAGGCAGAGUGCCCAGUGGGUAAGUGUGCACUGCUGCAGUGUAGGAUGGCCUAAGCCUGCAUCCCAUCUUACUAACUCUGUGCUCUUGGGCAAGCUGUUAACCUCUCUGUGCCUGUUUUCUCAUCUGUAAAGUGGGGAUGAAUAGUAAAACUUAAUGUAUAGACAUACAUGUCCUAGUGUUGUGAGGAUUAAAUGAGUUUAUCUAUAUAAAUCUUAGAA